AUGCCAUUAUAUUCAGAAUCAAGUGCGGAUUAUAUUCUGAGUGGAAGUACACCGAUUGUAAGUCGUGCACAAGGGCCAGACACUGGGGGAUUCAAGACCUUUCUAUAUGUUGACCCGGGGUCAUUGCUUUCUGGUGGUACCGUUGUUUCAUUUGAGGCAUGGAUAGGACGCCUUGCUGAUACCCGUUUUCAAGUUUGGAGACACUCGAAUAAUGAGACCUACACGCUGAUUGGUGAAAAGUUCAUUCCCGCAAACGAGUUGGUGCUAGGAUAUUUUAGGGUCAAUCUGACAGCAGAGGAGCAGUUUCUAUGUAACGAUGGUGAUGUCGCUGGUUUCUAUGUACAACAGCAAGAGUUUGCACUGUCAGCAGAUUUCUACUUUGAAGAGAGUUUUCUUAUGUACUCCCCAUUGGCCUUCCCGCCUACCGUGGGGUCAUCGGAGGAGUUUGAGUCGAUCGCAUUGCCGUAUAAAUUCUCAUUCGGUGUGGGGACAUUGCCAGCAACUGCCACAACAUCGUCGCCUACAACAGCAACCGAGUCCACAUCUGAGAUAUCAACGAAUGAAGACCUCACGACUAUUACUUCAAUAACAGAAGAAGGUACAACUACGGAUGACACAACGAUUGAACUAACAACAGUUGGUACAACGAAUGGACGUGUAAUAACAUCAGACAAAGCCAUUGAGUCAACGACAUCUGAUGAUACAACAACUGAGAUGAUAUCUCUUGGUUCAACAGACGACAGUGUAACAUCACCAUUCGCCACAUCUAUUUUAACAACAGCUGAUUCUACGACCACAAUUGAAACAACAACCGAGAUAUCGUCAGUGGCUACAGCGGACGAUGGUCUAACAUCGACAGUUCAAACAGCUGAAUUAACAGAAGAAACCAUCACUACAUCAUCAGUGAGUUACGUGCUUGGUGGAAAUAUUCCAGUUAUUGAUCGAAGCAUAGCCCUUACUGGUGGAGAGAAAAGUUUUUUACUGAGUGACAAAGUUCUCGCAGAUGGCCGUUUCGUUGCGGUGGAGGCUUGGAUAAAUGCUGUGACGUCAUUUCACGUUCAGAUAUGGAGACCCGUUGAUAUAGCAACUGCCACAUAUCAACUUGUUGCUGAUGUUCUUAUCCCUGAAGCAGAUGUGAAUUUGGAUUACUUCAAGUAUGAUGUCCCGUAUGCUGAUCAACUUGAUUUAACUACGAAUGACAGGGUAGGAUUCUAUGCUCCGCAAACACAGAUUCCAAUAGCAGCGGACUUCGACUUUACACAAUUGGGAUUAUACCAAUUUGCAGACUCCUCCGCACCAAGUGUAGGUGAUGUUAGGGGUUUCGAUACUGUAAUGUUCCCAUACUCGUUCUCGAUUGCUGUUGAAAUAGGAAUAGGAUUACCUGCUCUCACUAACAUGCCAACCACGGCAUCCGAAACAACUGAGGCACAAACAACGGUGUCUCAAACCACAGAGCAAGCAACAACAGUUCUCUCUCAGACAACGCCACUGCAAACAACGGAUUCUACAACAGCAAAUGCAGAAACGACAGCGUACGAAACAACAUCUGAGAACCAAACAAAUGAUGCACAGACAACAACAGAAUCUCAAACGACAGAGAAAUACACAACAUUAUCUCAAAUAACAGAGCAACCAGCUUCAGCAAGUUCACAGACAACAUCAAAACAAACAACGGAUUCUAUAACCACAAAGGCAGAAACGACAGCGUACGAAACAACCAUGGCAUCCCAAACAACUAAGUCACAAACAACAGUGUCUCAAACUACAGAGAAACAAACAACAAUAUCUCAAACAACAGAACAAUCAACAACAGUACUCUCCCAGACAACACCACUACAGACAACGGUUACUCUAACAAUGGAUGCAGAAACGACAGCGUACGAAACAACAACUGACGUCCAUGCAACCGAGGAACAAACAACAGCGUUACAAACAGCCAGCUCACAAGUUACAGAGUCUCAAACGACACGUGUGCCUGAUGUCACAACAAUUACGUUCACCACAAUAGGAUCAACUGAAGAAAGCAGUGCAACAGUAACAGCCAUUGAUCCAACAACCGUUGAUGACACGGCAACUGAGUUCACUUCUAUUGGUUCAACAAGCGACAGACUAACAACAUCACAUACCACUUCCUUUUUAACUACAGUUGAACCUACAACUGCAGAUAAAACAACACUUGAGAUCACUUCGGUAGGAUCAACGGAAGACAGCACGAUAGAUCAAACAAGUGCAUUUUCUCAGGAAAUUAUGACUUCUUCAUCAGUGAGUUAUGUUCUUGGUGGAAAUGUUCCAGUUGUUGAUCGGAGCAUAACCCUUUCUGGUGGGAAGAAAAGUUUCUUACUGAGUGAUAAACUUCUUGCGGAUGGGCGUUUCGUCGCAGUCGAAGCAUGGAUAAAUGCUGUGACGUCAUUUCACGUACAGAUAUGGAGACCCGUUGAUAUAGCAACUGCCACAUAUCAACUUGUUGCUGAUGUUCUCAUCGCAGAAGAAAACGUGAAUCUGGAUUACUUCAAGUAUGAUGUCCCAUUUGCUGACCAAGUCGAUGUAACUACGAAUGAUAGGGUAGGAUUCUAUGCGCCGCAAACACAGAUUCCGAUAGCAGCGGACUUUGACUUUACACAAUUGGGAUUAUACCAAUUUGCAGACUCCUCCGCACCAAAUGUAGGGGAUGUUAGGGGUUUCGAUACUGUAAUGUUCCCAUACUCGUUCUCGAUUGCUGUUGAAAUAGGAAUAGGAUUUCCGGCGUUAACUGAUGAACCGACAACAAUAUCCCAAACAACAAUGGCACAAACAACUACGCCUCCAACUACAGAGGCCCAAACAACAGCAACUCAAACACCAGAUGCACAAACAACAGCGCCUAAAACAACAGAUGCACAAACAUCAGCGCCUGAAACAACAGAGGCAGAGACAACAACAACUCAAACACCAGAUGCACAAACAACAGCGCCUGAAACAACAGAUGCACAAACAACAGCGCCUGAAACAACAGAGGCACAAACAACAGCAACUCAAACACCAGAUGCACAAACAACAGCGCCUAAAACAACAGAUGCACAAACAUCAGCGCCUGAAACAACAGAGGCAGAGACAACAACAACUCAAACACCAGAUGCACAAACAACAGCGCCUGAAACAACAGAUGCACAAACAACAGCGCCUGAAACAACAGAGGCACAAACAACAGCAACUCAAACACCAGAUGCACAAACAACAGCUCCUAAAACAACAGAAGCACAAACAACGGAGCAUGAAACAACAGAGGCACAAUCAACAGAAGAGCAGAAAACAACAUCUCAGACUAUAGCGACCCAAACAACUGCAUCGUCAACCAUGGUGACCCAGAUAACAGAGACUGAAUCAACAGCGUCUCAAACAACAGAGACACAGACAACAGUGUCUCAAACAACCGAGUCUGAAACAACAGCUUCUCAAUCAACGGAAGGACAGGAAACUAAAGGACCAACCACUGUGACUCAAAUGAUUGAGACAGAAUCAACAGCAUCUCACACAAUUAGCUCUAUCCAAACAACCGCAGCUGUGAGCUACGUUCUUGGCGGAAACGUACCAGUGACAGACGGCAGUGUAACGUUGAAUGGUGGAAAGAAAAGUUUCUUGCUAAGCGACAAGGCUCUUGCGGAUGGGCGUUUUGUAGCUGUCGAGGCGUGGAUAAAUGCAGUGACGUCAUUUCAUGUUCAGAUAUGGAGACCGGUUGAUAUAGCAACUGCCACAUAUCAACUUGUUGCUGAUGUUCUCAUCGCAGAAGAAGAUGUGAAUCUUGAUUACUUUAAGUACGAUGUUCCAUUAGGUGAUCAAGUCGAUAUAAAUGAAGAUGACAGAGUGGGUUUCUAUGCACCAGGAUCCCAAAUCCCGAUAGCAGCUACAUUUGACUUCACUCAAACGGCCGUGUAUCAAUUUAGCGAUGACUCAGCCCCUCAAAUAAGUGAACUACGGGACUUUGAUACUAUCAUGUUCCCGUAUGCAUUUUCUCUUGCUGUUGAAAUUGGUAUAGGUUUUCCGGCAUUAACGCAGGCGCCCCAAACUACUUUAUUUGAGACUACAGUAGCAACGGUAACUGAAUCUCAAUCAACUGAACAAUCUACCGUAACGAAAGUACCAACAACUGAGUCCAUAUCAACAGCUGAACCAACAACCGAGUCCAUGACAACAACUGCACCAACAACCGAGGCCACAUCUAUAGCUGAUCCUACAACUGAGGCCACAUCUAUAGCUGAUCCUACAACUGAGGCCACAUCUAUAGCUGAUCCUACAACUGAGACCAUAUCAACAGCUGAACCAACAACUGAGUCCAUAUCAACAGCUGAACCAACAACCGAGUCCAUGACAACAACUGCACCAACAACCGAGGCCACAUCUAUAGCUGAUCCUACAACUGAGGCCACAUCUAUAGCUGAUUCUACAACUGAGUCCAUAUCAACAGCUGAACCAACAACCGAGUCCAUAUCAACAGCUGAACCAACAACUGAGUCCAUGACAACAACUGCACCAACAACUGAGUCCAUGACAACAACUGCACCAACAACCGAGGCCACAUCAAUAGCUGAUCCUACAACUGAGGCCACAUCUAUAGCUGAUUCUACAACUGAGUCCAUAUCAACAGCUGAACCAACAACCGAGUCCAUAUCAACAGCUGAACCAACAACUGAGUCCAUGACACCAACUGCACCAACAACUGAGUCCAUGACAACAACUGCACCAACAACCGAGUCCACAUCUAUAGCUGAUUCUACAACUGAGUCCAUAUCAACAGCUGAACCAACAACCGAGUCCAUAUCAACAGCUGAACCAACAACUGAGUCCAUGACAACAACUGCACCAACAACCGAGGCCACAUCUAUAGCUGAUUCUACAAUUGAGUCCAUAUCAACAGCUGAACCAACAACCGAGUCCAUAUCAACAGCUGAACCAACAACUGAGUCCAUGACAACAACUGCACCAACAACCGAGGCCACAUCUAUAGCUGAUCCUACAACUGAGACCAUAUCAACAGCUGAACCAACAACCGAGUCCAUAUCAACAGCUGAACCAACAACCGAGUCCAUGGCAACAACUGCACCAACAACCGAGGCCACAUCUAUAGCUGAUCCUACAACUGAGGCCACAUCUAUAGCUGAUUCUACAACUGAGUCCAUAUCAACAGCUGAACCAACAACCGAGUCCAUAUCAACAGCUGCACCAACAACUGAAUCCAUGACAACAACUGCACCAACAACUGAGGCCACAUCUAUAGCUGAUCCUACAAUUGAGUCCAUAUCAACAGCUCAACAAACAACCAAGUCCAUAACAACAACUGCGUCAACAACUGAGGCAACAUCUAUAUCUGAUCCUACAACUGAGUCCAUAUCAACAGCUGCACCAACAACUGAAUCCAUGACAACAACUGCACCAACAACUGAGGCCACAUCUAUAGCUGAUCCUACAACUGAGUCCAUAUCAACAGCUGAACCAACAACCGAGUCCAUGGUAACAACUGCACCAACAACUGAGUCUAUAUCAACGGCUGAACCAACAACCGAGUUCAUGGUAACAACUGCACCAACAACUGAGUACAUAUCAAUAGCUGAUUUUACAACUGAGUUCAUCACAACAGAAGCACCCACUACUAUAGCCACAUCUAUGGCUGAUCCUACAACUGAGUCCAUUACAGCAGCUGAUCUUACAACUGACUCCAUAUCAACAGCUGCAUCAGCAACUGAGUACAUAUCAACAACCGAUCCUACAACUGAGUUCAUUUCAACAGCUGAUCUAAUUACUGAGUCAAUAACAACGGCUGCACCAACUACUGAGUACUUAUCGACAGCCGAUCUUAUGACUGAGUUUAUAACAACAUCUGCACCGACUACUGAUUUUAAAUCUACAGAUGAUCAUACAACUGAGUCCUCAGCUGCACCAACUAUAAUUACAACCGUUAAAAGAACUGAUGAUGUGACAAUAACAGCUGAUCAAAGAACUGAUGCUAUGACCACAUACGCUCAAACCACUGAUGCUGUAGCAACAGCUGAUCAAACUUCUGAUGCUAUAUCAACAGCCGCUCAAACAACUGUUGCUAUAACAACAGCAAGUCAAACAUUUAAUGCUAUGACAACAGAUUCUCAAUUCUCUGCUGCAACAACAUCCGCUCAAUCAAUUGAAGAUUCCACAACAGCUGAUCAAACAACUAAAGCUAUAACAACAACUGCUCAAACAACUGAUACCUUGACAACAGGCGCCCUAACAACAACUAAUGAUGCGAUAACAGCUAGCUCUCAAACAACCAAUGCUGUCGCUUCGACAACGGAGACAUUUUUAACUGAGCCCCAACGGUUUCGAUUCGGUGGUAACAUACCACUCAUUGAUCGUAUUUAUACAUUGACAUCUGGAAAGAAAAACUUUCUGUUGAGCGAUAGUGUACUUGCUAAUGGAAUUCUGGUUGCAGUUGAAGCCUGGAUAAAUGCUCUGACGUCAUUUCAUGUUCAAAUAUGGAGGCCACUUGACAUUUCAACUGCCACAUAUCAACUCGUUGCUGAUGUUUUCAUUCCAGAGGAAGAUAUAAAUCUCGAUUAUUUUAAGUACGAAAUCCCUGCAAACCAGCAAGUUAACAUUUCUUCAGAUGACCGACUCGGGUUUUAUGCACCAGAGACUCUCAUUCCUAUAGCGGCUGAUAUUGACGCUUCACAAGUUGCAUUAUAUCAAUUUCAAGAAGCAUCGGCGCCGAUCAUGUUGGACAAUCGUACAUUUGAUACCACAGCUUUCCCGUUUAUAUUUUCGUUUGCUGUUGAAAUUGACACAGGUAACACUGUCAUGACAACUGAAUACACAAGAACUGAUGUGGAUACAACUUCUCAAACUACUACUACUGAAUCUCAAACUGACUUCCGAUCAACUGCAUCUCAAACAACCGACUUGCCAACUACUGAAUCUCAGACAACUGAAUUACCAACUACUGAAUUUCAAACAAGUGACUUACCAACUACUGAAUCUCAAACAACCGCCUUACCAUCAACUGAAUCUCAAACAACUGACUUACCAACUACUGGAUAUCAAACAACUAACUUACAAUCUACUGAAUCUCAAACAACUGACUUACCAUCAACUGAAUCUCAAACAACUGAAUUACCGACUACUGAAUCUCAAACAACCGGCUUACCAACUACUGGAUAUCAAACAACUGACUUCCCAACUACUGAAUCUCAAACAACUGACUUACCAUCAACUAAAUCUCAAACAACUGAAUUACCAACUACUGAUUCUCAAACAACUGACUUUCCACCAACUGCAUCUCAAACAACUGCACUACCAACUACUAAAUUUAAGACAACUGAAUUACCAUCAACUGAAUCUCAAACAACUGAAUUACCAUCAACUGAAUCUCAAACAACUGACUUACCAUCAACUGAAUCUCAGACAACUGACUUAUCAACUACUGAAUCUCCAACAACUGACUUGCCAUCAACUAAAUUUCAAACAACUGACUUACAAUCAACCGAAUCUCAAACAACCCACUUACCAACUACUGAAUUUCAAACAACUGAAUUACCAUCAACUGAAUCUCAAACAACUUACUUACCAAUUACUGAAUCUCGAACAACUUACUUACCAACUACUGAAUCUCAGACAACCGACUUACCAACUACUGAAUCUCAAACAACUGACUUGCCAUCAACUGAAUCUCAAACAACUGACUUGCCAUCAACUGAAUCUCAAAUAACUGACUUACCAACUACUGAAUCUCAAACAACUGACUUGCCAUCAACUAAAUCUCAAACAACUGACUUACCAUCAACUGAAUCUCAAACAACUGACUUACCAUCAACUGAAUCUCAAACAACUGACUUGCCAUCAACUGAAUCUCAAACAACUGACUUACCAACUACUGCAUCUCAAACAACUGACUUGCCAUCAACUAAAUCUCAAACAACUGACUUACCAUCAACUGAAUCUCAAACAACUGACUUACCAUCAACUGAAUCUCAAACAACUGACUUGCCAUCAACUGAAUCUCAAACAACUGACUUACCAACUACUGCAUCUCAAACAACUGACUUGCCAUCAACUGAAUCUCAAACAACUGACUUACUAUCAACUGAAUCUCAAUCAACUGACUUACCAACUAUUGAAUCACAAACAACUGACUUACUUACUACUGAAUCUCAAACAACUGACUUACCAAUUACUGAAUCUCAAACAACUGACUUACAAUCGACUGAAUCUCACACAACUAACUUACCAUCAACUGAAUCUCAAACAACUGACUUUCCAACCACUGCAUCUCAAACAACUGACUUGCCAUCAACCGAAUCUCAAACAACCGACUUACCAAUUACUGAAUCUCAAACAACUGACUUACCGUCUACUGAAUCUCAAACAACUGGCUUACCAACUACUAAAUCUCAAACAACUGACUUAGAAACUACUGAAUCUCAGACAACUGAAUUACCAACUACUGACUCUCAAAUAACUGAAUUACCAACUACUGAAUCUCAAACAACCGGCUUACCAUCAACUGAAUCUCAAACAACUGACUUACAAACUACUGAAUCUCAAACAACUGGCUUACCAACUACUAAAUCUCAAACAACUGACUUACAAACUACUGAAUCUCAAACAACUGGCUUACCAACUACUAAAUCUCAAACAACUGACUUAACAACAACUGAAUCUCAGACAACUGAAUUAGCAACUACUGAAUCUCAAACAACCGCCUUACCAUCAACUGAAUCUCAAACAACUGACUUACAAACUACUGUAUCUCAAACAACCGACUUACAAUCAACUGAAUUUCAAACAACUGACUUACCAACUACUGAAUCUCAAACAACUGACUUGCCAACUACUGAAUCUCAAACAACUGAACUACCAACUACUGACUUUCAAACAACUUACUCAACAUCAACUGAAUCUCAAACAACUGACUUACCAUCAACCGAAUCUCAAACAACUGACUUACCAACUACUGAAUCUCAGACAACUGACUUACUUACUAUUGAAUCUCAAACAACUGAAUUACCAACUACUGAAUCUCAAACAACUGAAUUAGAAACAACUGAAUCUCAGACAACUGAAUUACCAACUACUGAAUCUCAAAUAACUGAAUUACCAACUACUGAAUAUCAAACAACUUACUUACAAUCAACUGAAUCUCAAACAACUAACUUACCAACUACUGAAUCUCAAACAACUGACUUACCAACUACUGAAUCUCAGACAACUGAAUUACCAACUACUGAAUCUCAAAUAACUGAAUUACCAACUACUGAAUCCCAAACAACUGCCUUACCAUCAACUAAAUCUCAAACAACCGACUUACCAACUACUAAAUCAGAAACAACUGACUUACAAUCUACUGAAUCUCAAACAACUGAAUUAGAAACAACUGAAUCUCAGACAACUGAAUUACCUACUACUGAAUCUCAAAUAACUGAAUUACCAACUACUGAAUAUCAAACAACUGACUUACAAUCAACUGAAUCUCAAACAACUAACUUACCAACUACUGAAUCUCAAACAACUGACUUACCAACUACUGAAUCUCAGACAACUGAAUUACCAACUACUGAAUCUCAAAUAACUGAAUUACCAACUACUGAAUCUCAAACAACUGCCUUAACAUCAACUGAAUCUCAAACAACCGACUUACCAGCUACUAAAUCACAAACAACUGACUUACAAUCUACUGAAUCUCAGACAACUGAAUUAACAAAUACUGAAUCUCAAACAACCGACUUUACAACUACUGAAUCUCAAACAACAAACUUACAAAUUACUGAAUCUCAAAUAACUGACUUCCCAACUACUGAAUCUCAGACAACUGAAUUACCAACUACUGAAUCUCACACUUUAGACUUACCAACUACUGAAUCUCAAACAACUGACUUGCCAACUACUGGAUAUAAAACAACUAACUUACAAUCUACUGAAUCUCAAACAACCGACUUACCAAAUACUGGCUUACAAACAACUCAAUCUCAAACAACUGGUUUACUAACUACUGAAUAUCAAACAACUAACUUACAAUCUACUGAAUCUCAGACAACUGAAUUAACAACUACUGAAUCUCAAACAACCGACUUUCCAACUACUGAAUCACAAACAACUGAAUUACCAAAUACUGGAUCUCAAACGACCGACUUACCAACUACUGAAUCUCAAACAACCGACUUACCAUCAACUGAAUCUCAAACAACUGACUUACCAUCAACUGAAUCUCACACCACUGAAUUACCAACUACUGAAUCUCAAACAACCGACUUACCAAAUACUGGAUCUCAAACGACCGAUUUACCAACUACUGAAUCUCAAACAACUGACUUACCAACUACUGAAUCUCAAACAACUGACUUACCAACUACUGAAUCUCAAACAACUGACUUACCAACUACUGAAUCUCAAACAACUGAAUUAGCAACUACUGAAUCUCAAACAACCGCGUUACCAUCUACUGAAUCUCAGACAACUGAAUUACCAUCAACUGAAUCUCAAACAACUGACUUACCAUCAACUGAAUUACAAACAACUGAAUUACCAACUACUGAAUCUCAAACAACUGACUUACCAACUACUGAAUCUCAAACAACUGACUUACCAACUAUUGAAUCUCAAACAACUGACUUACCAACUACUGAAUCUCAAACAACUGAAUUAGCAACUACUGAAUCUCAAACAACCGCGUUACCAUCUACUGAAUCUCAGACAACUGAAUUACCAUCAACUGAAUCUCAAACAACUGACAUACCAUCAACUGAAUUACAAACAACUGAAUUACCAACUACUGAAUCUCAAACAACUGAAUUAACAACUACUGAAUCUCAAACAACCGACUUACCAACUACUGAAUCUCAAACAACCGACUUACCAUCAACCAAAACUCAAACAACCGACUUACCAUCAACCGAAUCUCAAACAACUGACUUACAUACUACCGAAUCUCAAACAACUGACUUACUAACUACUAAAUCUCAGACAACUGAAUUGCAAACUACUGAAUCUCAAAUAACUGAAUUACCAACUACCGAAUCUCAAACAACUGACUUACCAUCAACUGAAUCUCAAACAACUGACAUACCAACUACUGAAUCUCAAACAACUGACUUGCCAUCAACUAAAUCUCAAACAACUAACUUACAAUCUACUGAAUCUCAGGCAACUGAAUUAACAACUACUGAAUCUCAAACAACUGAAUUAACAACUACUGAAUCUCAAACAACCGACUUACCAACUACUGAAUCUCAAACAACCGACUUACCAUCAACUGAAUCUCAAACAACCGACUUACCAUCAACCGAAUCUCAAACAACUGACUUACAUACUACCGAAUCUCAAACAACUGACUUACUAACUACUAAAUCUCAGACAACUGAAUUACAAACUACUGAAUCUCAAAUAACUGAAUUACCAACUACCGAAUCUCAAACAACUGGCUUACAAACAACUGAAUCUCAAACAACUGACUUACAAACUACUGAAUCUCAGACAACUGAAUUAUCAACUACUGGAUAUCAAACAACUGACUUACAAUCUACUGAAUCUCAAACAACCGACUUACCAACUACUGAAUCUCAAACAACUGAACUACCAACUACUGACUUUCAAACAACUGACUUACCAUCAACUGAAUCUCAAACAACUGACUUGCCAACUACUGGAUAUCAAACAACUAACUUACAAUCUACUGAAUCUCAGACAACUGAAACAACUGAAUUACAAAGAACUGAAUCUCAGUCAACUGAAUUACCAACUACUGAAUCUCAAACAACCGACUUACAAACUACUGUAUCUCAAACAACCGACUUACCAUCUACUGAAUCUCAAACAACUGACUUUCCACCAACUGCAUCUCAAACAACCGACUUACCAACUACUGGAUCUCAAACAACUGACUUCCCAACUACUGAAUCUCAGACAACUGAAUUACAAAGAACUGAAUCUCAGUCAACUGAAUUACCAACUACUGAAUCUCAAACAACCGACUUACCAUCAACUGAAUCUCAAUCAACUGACUUACCAACUACUGGAUAUCAAACAACUAACUUACAAUCUACUGAAUCUCAAACAACCGACUUACCAACUACUGAAUCUCAAACAACUGAACUACCAACUACUGAAUUUCAAACAACUGACUUAACAUCAACUAAAUCUCAAACAACUGACUUACCAUCAACUGAAUCUCAAACAACUGACUUAACAACUACUGAAUCUCAAACAACUGAAUUACCAACUACUGAAUCUGAGACAACUGACUUACAAACAACUGAAUCUCAAACAACUGACUUACCAUCAACUGAAUCUCAAACAACUGACUUUCCAACUACUGAAUCUCAAUCAACCGACUUACCAACUACCGAAUCUCAAACAACCGACUUACCAACUACUGAAUCUCAGACAACUGAAUUACCAACUAAUGAAUUUCAAACAACUGACAUACCAACAACUGAAUAUCAAACAACUGAAUUACCAACUACUGAAUCUCAAACAACCGACUUCCCAUCAACUGAAUCUCAAACAACUGACUUACCAACUACUAAAUUUCAAACAACUGACUUACCAACUACUGAAUCUCAAAUAACUGACUUACUAACCACUGAAUCUCAAACAACUGAAUUACCAGCUGCUGAAUCUCAAACAACUGACUUACCAACUACUGAAUCUCAAAUAACUGACUUACCAACUACUGAAUCUCAAAUCACUGCCUUACCAACUACUGAAUCUCAAACAACUGACUUCCCAACUACUGAAUCUCAGACAACUGAAUUACAAACAAAUGAAUCUCAGACAACUGAAUUACCAACUACUGAAUCUCAAACAACCGACUUACCAUCAGCUGAAUCUCAAACAACCGACUUCCCAUCAACUGAAUCUCAAACAACUGACUUACCAACUACUAAAUUUCAAACAACUGACUUACCAUCAACUGAAUCUCAAACAACUGACUUGCCAUCAACCGAAUCUCAAACAACCGACUUACCAUCAACUGAAUCUCAAACAACCGACUUACCAUCAACUGAAUCUCAAACAACUGACUUACAAACUACUAAAUCUCAAACAACUGACUUAUCAACUACUGGAUAUCAAACAACUAACUUACAAUCUACUGAAUCUCAGACAACCGACUUACCAACUACUGAAUCUCAAACAACUGAACUACCAACUACUGAAUUUCAAACAACUGACUUACCAUCAACUGAAUCUCAAACAACUGACUUACCAUCUACUGAAUCUCAAACAACUGACUUUCCAUCAACUGAAUCUCAAACAACCGACUUACCAAUUACUGAAUCUCAAACAACUGACUUACCGUCUACUGAAUCUCAAACAACUGGCUUGCCAUCUACUGAAUCUCAAACAACUGAACAACCAACUACUGAAUUUCAAACAACUGACUUACCAUCAACUGAAUCUCAAACAACUGACUUAACAUCAACUAAAUCUCAAACAACUGACUUACCAUCAACUGAAUCUCAAACAACUGACUUAACAACUACUGAAUCUCAAACAACUGAAUUACCAACUACUGAAUCUGAGACAACUGACUUACCAUCAACUGAAUCUCAAACAACUGACUUGCCAUCAACCGAAUCUCAAACAACCGACUUACCAAUUACUGAAUCUCAAACAACUGACUUACCGUCUACUGAAUCUCAAACAACUGGCUUGCCAUCUACUGAAUCUCAAACAACUGAACUACCAACUACUGAAUUUCAAACAACUGACUUACCAUCAACUGAAUCUCAAACAACUGACUUAACAUCAACUAAAUCUCAAACAACUGACUUACCAUCAACUGAAUCUCAAACAACUGACUUAACAACUACUGAAUCUCAAACAACUGAAUUACCAACUACUGAAUCUGAGACAACUGACUUACCAUCAACUGAAUCUCAAACAACUGACUUACCAUCAACUGAAUCUCAAACAACUGACUUUCCAACCACUGAAUCUCAAUCAACCGACUUACCAACUACUGAAUCUCAAACAACCGACUUACCAACUACUGAAUGUCAGACAACUGAAUUACCAACUACUGAAUCUCAAACAACUGACAUACCAACAACUGAAUAUCAAACAACUGAAUUACCAACUACUGAAUCUCAAACAACCGACUUACCAUCAACUGAAUCUCAAACAACUGACUUACCAACUACAAAAUUUCAAACAACUGACUUACCAUCAACUGAAUCUCAAACAACUGACUUACCAUCAACUGAAUCUCAAACAACUGAAUUACCAACUACUGAUUCUCAAACAACCGGCUUACCAACUACUGGAUAUCAAACAACUGACUUCCCAACUACUGAAUCUCAAACAACAGACUUACCAACUGCUGAAUCUCAAAUAACUGACUUACUAACCACUGAAUCUCAAACAACUGAAUUACCAGCUGCUGAAUCUCAAACAACUGACUUACCAACUACUGAAUCUCAAAUAACUGACUUACCAACUACUGAAUCUCAAAUAACUGACUUUACAACUACUGAAUCUCAAACAACUGACUUGCCAUCAACUGAAUCUCAAACAACUGACUUACCAUCAACGGAAUCUCAGACAACUGAAUUACCAACUACUGAAUCUCAAACAACUCAAUUACCAACUACUGAAUCUCAAACAACCGACUUACAAUCAACUGAAUCUCAAACAACUAACUUACCAUCAACUGAAUCUCACACUACCGACUUAACAACUUCUGAAUCUCAAACAACUGACUUCCCAACUACUGAAUCUCAGACAACUAAAUUACCAACUACUGAAUCUCAAACAACCGGCUUACCAACUACUGGAUAUCAAACAACUGACAUACCCAUUUCUUUGUCUCACACAACUGACUUACCAAAUAUUGGAUCUAACACAACUGACUUGCCAACUACAGAAUCUCAUACAACUGACUUGCAAACAGACUUAAAAACUUCCGAAUCGAGAACAACAAAUUUCCAAACUACUGAUUCACAAAUGAUUGACUCGCAAUCUACUGGAUCUCAGACAACUGAUUUACAAUCUACUGAUUCUCAAACAACUGACUUAAAAACUACCGAAUCUCAAACAACUGGCUUACCACCUACUGAAUCCCAAACAGCAGACUUGAUAACUACCGAAUCGAGACCAACUAAUUUACUAACUACUGAUUCACAAACGACUGACUUGCAAUCUACUAGAUCUCAGACAACUGACUUGCCAUCGACUGAAUCUGAAAUAACGGAUUUGAAGACUACUGAGUUUCAAACAACUAAUUCACCAGCCACUGAAUUUCAGACAACUUACUCACCAUCUACUAAAUCUCAAACAACGAACUUGCAAACUACUGACUUGCCACCUACGACUUUCUUGCCAUCUACUGGAUCUCAAACAACUGACGUACAAACUACUGAAUCUCAAUCUACUGACUCAUCAGCUACUGACUCCACAAUGACUGACUCGCCCUCUACUGAAUCCAAAACAACUGACUUGCAAACUUCUGAAUCUCAAACAACUUAUUUACCAACUAUGGAAUCACAAACGAAUGACUGGCCAUAUAGUAGAUCUCAGACAACGGACUUGCCGUUAACUAAAUCUCAAACAACUAACUUGCAAACGACUGAAUCUGGAACAACUUAUAUACCAACAACUGAAUCAAAAACGACUUUCUUGCCAUCUACUGGAUCUCUGACUGACUUACAAACCACUGAAUCUCAAACAACUGACUUUCUUGCUACUUCCUCACAAACGACUAACUUGCCAUCUACUGGAUCUCAAACAGCUGACUUGAUAUCUAUUCAGACUGAUUUACCAACUACUGAAUUCAAAACAAAUGACUUGACCGCGACUCAAUCUCAAAAAACUGACGCAACUACUGUAUUUGUAUUUCCAGGUUACUCUGUCACGUCAGCCGAGUAUCCAAGUACAAGUGUGCAAACUACCCGACAAACACCGAGUACUGAAUCUCAAACAACUUACUUGCCAACAAGUGACUUUCCUAAUACAAAGCAUCAAACAACUGACGUAUUAACUAAUGAAUCUAAAACAACGUACUUACCUACUACUGAUCAUCAAACAACUGAGUUUCCAGUUACUGAAUCUCAAUCCACUGACGUGCCAUCUAUUGGACCUCAAACAACUGAAUUGCCAGCAACUAAGUCUCAAACCACUGACUUGCUAUCUACUGAACCUCAAACAACUGAAUUACCAAUAACUGAAUCUCAAACAACUGACUUGCCAUCUACUAAUCCUCAAACAACUGAUUUGCCAGCAACUAAAUCUCAAACCACUGACUUGCCAUCUAUUGAACCUCAAACAACCGAAUUACCAAUUACUGAAUCUCAAACAACUGGCUUACCAUCUACUAAACCUCAAACAACUGAAUUGCCAGCAACUAAAUCUCAAACCACUGACUUGCCCUCUACUGAACCUCAAACAACUGAAUUGCCAGCAACUAAAUCUCAAACAACUGACUUGCCAUCUACUGAACCUCAAACAACUGAAUUACCACAACCUGAAUCUCCAACAACUGGCUUGCCAUCUACUGAACCUCAAACAACUGAAUUACCAAUUACUGAAUAUCAAACCACUGACCCGCCAUCUACUGAUUAUCAGAUAACUGAAUUGCCAGCAACUGGAUCUCAAACAACUGAUUUAACAACUACCGAAUCUACACCAACUGAUUUGCUAAGUACUACAUUUCUAAAAACUGAGGUGCCAACUACUGAAUCUCAAACAACUGUUGCGCCAUUCACUGCAACUGAAAGAACUGAUUUACAAACCACUGAACUUCAAUCAACUUACUUAGCUACGACUGAAUUCCAAACUGAAACUAUAACAACAAUCGCCCAAACAUCAGAGGCAUUAAGUACUGAGUCCCAACAGUUUCGAUUCCGUGGUAAUAUUCCAGUCAUUGAUCGCAUUUUUACAUUGACAUCUGGAAAGAAAAGUUUUGUGAUGAGCGAGACAAUACUUGCAGAUGGAGUUCUUGUUGCAGUUGAAGCGUGGAUAAAUGCUCUGACGUCAUUCCAUGUUCAAAUAUGGAGGCCAGUGAACAUAUCAACUGCCACAUAUCAGCUUAUUGCUGAUGUUUUCAUUGCAGAAGAAGAUGUAAAUCUAGAUUAUUUUAAGUAUGACAUUCCUGCAGAUCAGCAAGUCGACAUAUCUUCAAAUGACAGACUGGGAUUUUAUGCACCAGAGACUCUCAUUCCAAUAGCGGCUGAUAUUGACCCUUCACAAACUGCCCUAUAUCAAUUUGCUGAAGUGUCAGCGCCGAUCGUGUCGGACAAUCGCACAUUCGAUACCACACCUUUUCCGUUUAUAUUUUCCUUUGCAGUUGAAAUUGACACAGGUUAUCCUGUCACAACAGCUGAAUAUCCGAGAAGCUCUAUGCAAACUACUGGAGCAACUGCAGUCUCAAAAACUGAAUUACAAACAACGAACUUGCCACCUACAAAUCCACAAACUACCGAAUUUCAAACAACGGAAUUAUCAACUGCUGAAUCUAGAACGAACUCACAAACUACUGAAUUUCUAACAACGGGCUUGUCAACCAUUGAAUCCCAAACCACGGACUUGCCAACUACUGAAUCUCAGACAACACAUUUACCGACGACUAACUCUCAAACAACGGACUUGCCAACUACUGAAUCUCAAACAACGGGCUUGUUAACUACUGAAUCGCAAACAACGGACUCGCUAACUACUGAGUCUCAAACAACGGACCUGCCAACUACUGAAUCUCAAACAACGGGCUUGUUAACUACUGAAUCUCGAACAACUGACUUCGCAACUACUGAAUCUCAAACAACGGGCUUGGUAUCUACUGAAUCUCAAACAACGGGCUUGUUAACUACUGAAUCUCGAACAACUGACGACGCAACUACUGAAUCUCAAACAACGGGCUUGUUAACUACUGAAUCUCGAACAACUGACGACGCAACUACUGAGUCUCAAACAACGGACUCGCUAACUACUGAGUCUCAAACAACGGACUCGCUAACUACUGAAUCUCGAACAACUGACGACGCAACUACUGAAUCUCAAACAACGGACUCGCUAACUACUGAGUCUCAAACAACGGACUCGCUAACUACUGAAUCUCGAACAACUGACGACGCAACUACUGAGUCUCAAACAACGGACUCGCUAACUACUGAAUCUCAAACAACGGACUCGCUAACUACUGAAUCUCGAACAACUGACUUCGCAACUACUGAAUCUCAAACAACGGACUCGCUAACUACUGAGUCUCAAACAACGGGCUUUUUAACUUCUAAAUCUCAAACAACUGACUUGCCAACUAGUAAAUCACAAACAACGUACUUGCCAACCAAUGAAUCUCAAACAACAUACGUGUCAACCACCUAUUCUCAAACAACUGACUUGCUAUAUACUGGCUUGUCAACAACUGGAUCUCAAACAACAGACACGGCAGCCAUUGUAUCUCCAACAACUGGCUUGCUAUCUACUGAAUCUCAAACAAUGGGGUUGUCAACCACUGAAUCUCAAACUACGGACAUGCCAACUACUGAAUCUCAAAGAACGGACUUGCCAACUAAUGAAUCUCAAUCAACAGACAUGUCAACCAUUGAAUCUCAAACAACUGGCUUUUUAUCUACUGGAUCUCAAACAACAGACAAGUCAACCUCGGAAUCUCUAGCAACUGGCUUGCCAACCACUCAGCCUCAAACUACGGACUUGCCAACUACUAACUCUCAAAAAACCGAUUUGCCAAGCACUGAUCCUCAAACAACUGCCUUGCUGUCUACUGAAAAUCAAACAACAAAUUUGCCAACUACUGCAUCUCAAACAACUGGCUUGCAAUUUACCGAGCCUCAACCAACUGACUCGCCAACUACUGGGUCUCAAACAAUGGGCUUAUUAACUUCUGAAUCUCAAGCGACAGACUUGCCAACUACUGAAUCUCAAACAACAGACUUGCAAAGUACUGAAUCUCAAACAAUAGACUUGCAAAGUACUGAAUCUCAAUCAACAGACAUGCCAAUCUCUGAAUCCCAAACAACAGGUUUGCCAUCUACUAUAUAUCAAACAACGGAUAUGCAAAGUACUGAACCAAAAACUCACGUGCCAACCACUGGAACUCAAACAGACUUGCCAACCACCGAACCUCAUAUAUCCGACUUGCAAACAACUGAAUCUCAAACAGCGAACUUGUCAACUACUGAAUCUCAAACACCAGACUUGCGAACUAGUGAAUCUCAAACAACUGACUUGCCAACAACUGAAUCCAAAACAAUGUCGUAUACUUCUGCUGCUAGUAUAACUUCGGACGCAUUUGAAGGUACAUCUAAUAAUUCUGGAAUACAUACGUCUGAAACAACAACUUCCUCAAUAGGUACUACAUUAGAAGUAACAACACAUGAGAGCGAAUCAACUGCGUUGGACAUCAUUACGACUGAGCUAACAGCAACGGUUACAAUUCCAAUUGUCGAAGUAGUAAAGUUCAAUGGCACAGUUCGGAUCACAAAGCACAACGGAGAAGUUGCACAGUUCAACGCCUCCCUGAAUGACCCAAGUUCAGCAUACUACAAGAUGUUGGAAAACGAAACAUGCACGGAAAUCGGCGUUGCAUUCUCAAAUUCCACAUUCUCCGCUGUCUAUUCAUCUUGCUCUGUUAUCGGAUUUUCGGCAGGGAGCGUAAUUGCCAAUUUCGAAUUAGGAUUCUUACAAUACACAAAUGGGAAUCUGACCAAGAGUAAUCUAACCUCUGAAAGUGCUCAAAAUGAGAUGAGAGAAAACAUAGCAACAUCAAUUACUUCAAUUGAAUUUGAACCAGUUACUGCAACUUUAUCAGAUGUGAACGAGUGUUUAGAAAACUCUGACGAGUGCUCUGUGUUUGCUACGUGUACAAACACAGACCCAGGUUACAGUUGUGAAUGCAUGGAAGGCUACGUGGAUAAGUCAGGGUCGGGCCUCCAAGGGCGGGUGUGUAGCGUUCCAACGACUACCACAGGACCAUUGUCUACCUUGUUCAAACUGUCAUCUUUAUCAACAACUCAAGAAGAAAACACAGCUGAUCCAAAAACACCUGCGUCAUCAACUGUUACAUCAGAUCAGUUAACGUCCACGACCUCGCCAUUGACAACGGAUUCCCUGGUUACCACAAUGGCGGCUGUCUUGACAACCGUGUUUACAUCCGCGUCUAC